AUGGCCACCCCAUCCCUCCACCCGUCCAUCGGGCCGGGCAUCGGCUCCUCGCUGGGCUCCCCGGGCCAGCUGCACUCGCCCAUCAGCACCCUGAGCUCGCCCAUCAAUGGCAUGGGCCCCCCCUUCUCCGUCAUCAGCUCCCCCAUGGGCCCGCACUCAAUGUCCGUCCCCUCCACCCCCAGCCUGGGAUUUGGCACCAGCAGCCCACAGCUCAACUCGCCCAUGAACUCCGUCACCAGCACAGAAGACAUUAAACCACCCCUGGGGCUCAAUGGAGUCCUCAAAGUGCCAGCACAUCCCUCAGGAACGAUGGCCUCCUUCACCAAGCACAUAUGUGCCAUCUGUGGGGACAGAUCUUCAGGAAAACAUUACGGGGUUUACAGCUGCGAGGGCUGCAAAGGCUUCUUCAAGCGCACGGUGCGGAAGGACCUCACCUACACCUGCCGCGACAACAAGGACUGUUUGAUCGACAAGCGCCAGCGCAACCGCUGCCAGUACUGCCGCUACCAGAAGUGUCUGGCCAUGGGCAUGAAGAGAGAAGCUGUCCAGGAGGAGAGGCAGCGGGGGAAGGACCGCAACGAGAACGAGGUGGAGUCGACAAGUAGCGCCAACGAGGACAUGCCUGUGGAAAAGAUCCUGGAAGCUGAACUCGCCGUGGAGCCAAAGACAGAGACGUACAUCGAGGCAAACAUGGGCCUGACGCCGAGCUCGCCCAAUGACCCAGUGACGAACAUAUGCCAGGCAGCAGACAAACAGCUCUUCACCCUGGUGGAGUGGGCCAAGAGGAUCCCCCACUUCUCCGAGCUCCCCCUGGACGACCAGGUCAUCUUGCUCCGAGCAGGGUGGAAUGAGCUCCUAAUUGCCUCCUUCUCCCACCGCUCCAUAGCUGUGAAAGACGGGAUCCUCUUAGCCACCGGGCUCCACGUGCACCGGAACAGCGCGCACAGCGCUGGCGUCGGGGCCAUCUUCGACAGAGUAUUGACAGAACUCGUGUCAAAAAUGCGAGACAUGCUGAUGGACAAGACAGAGCUGGGCUGCCUGCGAGCCAUUGUCCUCUUCAACCCUGACUCGAAAGGUCUGUCGAACCCGGCCGAAGUGGAGGCGUUGCGGGAGAAGGUGUACGCGUCGCUAGAGGCUUAUUGCAAACACAAAUACCCCGACCAGCCCGGGAGGUUUGCGAAGCUCCUGCUCCGCCUCCCAGCCCUCCGGUCCAUCGGCCUGAAAUGCCUGGAGCACCUCUUCUUCUUCAAGCUAAUAGGAGACACACCCAUCGACACCUUCUUGAUGGAAAUGCUGGAAGCACCCCAUCAAAUGACUUAGAGAAACUGCUGCUGGGUCAGUCCCUCGCCCGGCCUGGGGGGGUCCCGCGGGGCCCCUUCCUCCGCUUUCCUCCUCCUCCUCCGCCGCCGCCGCCGCCCCAGCCCGUCCCUCCCUCCUCACCCCAGCGCCGGAGGCACCGUCUGAUCCGGGGGGACCCCCCCGCCGUCCUCGCCUCCUCGUCGCCUUCACCCCUGUCCGUUUGCUGUCACUGCUGCAUCUCCAGACCUGCUCGCUGGUCCCCUGCGCUAGAUGUAGAGAAGUGGGAGCGGAGAGAGCUUGCCCCCCCCCCCCCCCCACCCGGCCCCACGCCGUGCCACGAGUUUUGGGAUGAGCCACCAGCCGGGCUUGGCAUCGCCCACCCCCACCCCACUCCGUGGGUGCCCCCCGGGGCAGGAGCGGGGACACGGGGACAGUCCCAGCCCUUUGGGGGCAGUGGGGUUUGGACAAGCUGAGGGGAGUGGCUGAACUCGCCGGAUUGCAGCUGGCUAUUUUCAGAGGAUGGAGUUUUUUUGAAAAAGAGAAGAGGAAAAAAAAAAAAAAAAAAAAAAAAAAAACCAACCCCUCAAAAAAAAAAAAUUCUAUUUUUGGUUUCUAACUAUUAUUAGUAGUCUCGGUAGUUACUUUGCGGAGGGAGAGGCGGCCCGGCCGUGCCCCGUGAAUGAGUCACCCGUGGCUGCACAGAGCCUUCUCCUUCCAGUUCAAAGCAGAGGAUUUGGGAUUGAGCUGAAUCCCCCCUACAUAAAACACGGGAACCGGUGGCACAGGGAGCUGGGUCACCCUCUGUGCAGAGUGUGCACCUCAAAACUCCCCCUCUGCCAUCCCCAAGGGCAGCUGGGCAUCGCCGCUCUUCCCAAAGAUGCCUCUGCGCUGGGUGUGGAGCUGCCCACGCGGAAAGAGCCGGCUGGAGCACUUGCUUUAAGGCUGCCAGGGACUCCCUGUCGCCCUUCCCCAGCUCAUGGGGGCCUGCUGGGACCCCUGCCCUCAGCACAGCAUCCCGGCAUGGCCCCAGAAUCCCAGCAUGGCCCCAACAUCCUGGCACUGCCCCAGCAUCCCAACAUGACCCCACUCAGGGGUUUCGGCUCACCCAGGAGGCUGCUCCUGUUGUUUCAGCCGUGGAAAACACUGCAAGGCAACAAUUAGUGGGAGUGCUUGGCCAGGCUGGUUAAUUGCAGCUGUUAAUUAGUGGUGAAGCAAGAACAGGGCUCCCCCUCCCCUGAAUCUCCCCCGUCGGGCACAGAUGUGGGGGCUGAGAGGUCCCAGCGGGGUGGGGAACACAGCAGCACCCACCCCUCUCCUGUCUGGGAUACUGAGAGCGCCAAGAGCACCUUGGCUUUUGCACAGUCCUUUCCUUGAGUCUUGGUGUGACAGCAGGGAGAUGGACAAGUUUUUGGGGAUUAGGGACGCGGUUCCAGGAAUGUACUCGCACCCCACAAGAUGGGAUUCCCCAGGGAAUGUGUGGCGAGAGGUCAGCCAGGGAUCCUUUCACCCUCACCAGGGGUCUCCAGUGCCUCACCAAACACAUGAGUUGGAGUAAAAACAAAGCAGAGCAAGCGGUGAGGGAUGUUGGGAAGGGUUUUUUCCCCUUGGCAGGAUGGACUGUCCCAAACACACCGUGGGACAAACACUGCGAGCCAAGAAUGAGGUGACUGUGGUUGGCCUGUGGCCAAGGACUUCCCCACCGCUUCCAUGUCCUCUCUGCUUUAAAACAGCAAAGUAUUUGGUCCCAAAAGUCCUCUUCUUGCUUCCCAUGGGUUGUGGCUGGUUGAAAACACCUCCUUCGUGCCCGGGCAGGGAUGGAGCAGCACCCACCACCUCACACCUCUGGUUCUGGGGGGACACAGUUGCCACCUGCCUGUUGCCACCCCACCUGGCAGCUGGAGUCCCCAUCUCCAUCCCCUGCAGCUCACCAGGCCAUCUCACUGCUACAAAAAAAUACUCAGGAUUUCAGGUCAGAACUUCCCCCCCCAGGCUGGCCCGAAGUGGCAAAUCCGCAGAGGCAGGGAAAGUGUUUUGGCUGUGUUUCCCCAGCAGCCUGCAUGCCGCCGAAAAUAUUAUUAAACAGCUUCACCCUGCAAGAAUUUGCCAAGAAAACUAGGCAAGAGAGAUGAAAUCUGGAAAGGGUGCCAGGAAACACGAGCAGGCUGUUCCCUGCCAGCGUGAGGCUGGCGCAGCCCUUUGGGGGGUGCAGGGAGGUGUCGGCUCCCGGCAGGAGCUCAGCCCAGAGCCCACCCAGCCCCUGGGCAGACCCCAGCCCAGCUCUUCCAGCAGAAAGGAGCCUGGAACCUGCUCGCCAGAGAGGAUGAGGAUGCUUUGGGAAAGUUGGUGGUUAUUGCACUAGAAUAAACCCGCUGUCCUUC